UCCUUCCUGUUCCGCCUGUUUAUUUAUUGUGGAAUUAUUGGAGCCAUUAGGUUAUGUUAUUGUCAAGAGGCGCAUGAGUGUUUGCGAAGUAUAUUCGAAGUAAUUAACUUUAUGUUCGCGACAUGUCGUCAACGGUAGGAUGCCGAAUUCUCGCGAAAUUAGGCAGGAGCAGAUUGAGCGGCCUGUCACCGCGGAUCGUCGCCGCGAGUAGAUUUAGCAGCACCGCGGAAAGCGCGGAGUGCGCGUCGAGCGUCGCUCCGGCUCCGCAGCCGGGGAGAAUUCAAGCCGCGUUGCUGAAGGAGUUCUCCAGUCCUCUCGUAAUAGAGAAUCUGGAGGUGCCCAAACGAACGCAGGAGAAUGAAGUUCUCAUCGACGUUCACUAUUGCGCUUUGAACGUUUCCGACGCACUUCUCAGUCAGAACUUGCACACGUUCGAGCCGAAAUUACCGAUGAUCCUCGGUCACGAGGUUGUUGGCAAGCUAGUCGAGGUUGGCGCGGAGGCAGAGAAAAGCGGCUACAAGAUAGGCGACAGAGUCGUCGCUCUCAACAAGGAGCGAUACGGGGGCUUGGCUGAGAAGUGCUUGGCAGAAGUUGAGGAUGUAUGGAAGGUACCUUCUUCGAGAUCAGCUAGCACCGCGGAUCUAGCGAGUAUCUUGGACAGUUAUAUCAUCGCUCUGCUUGCGUUGGAGAGAAAAGUCAGUCUCAACGAGGAUGACAUGAUUCUGAUAAACGUCGGCGUAAGCGGCGUUGGCCUGGCAGCGGUGGAUCUUGCGACAAACGUCUUUAAAGCGAAGGUCAUUGGAGUUUGCGCUACGGAAGACUGGGCCGAUCGAGCACGGGAGAUGGGGGCGUUCGCGGCUCUCAAAUAUAAAGAUAAGAAGCUAACUAAGCAGAUAGAAGACAUCGCAGGCGAACGAGACAUUAAGGCCAUCUUUAAGAACGAAGACGGAGCGCAUUUCAAGAAGAUGUUGGAUUGCUUUACCGAUAUCUACAAAGACGCAACGUUAAGGGACUUGUUGCGCAAUGACAGUUUCGCCGUGGCGGUACAUCACUUGUCUCGCGAAGGGCGCGUGGUCGUAGCUGGCACGACGGCGACCAUGGCGGACGGUUCGGAAGUGCAGAAGGGUUCCUUCAGCGUCACUGGCUUUAAUCUGGCGGAAUACAAAAAGAAGAAGCCCGACGUGUAUCGCCAAGCAGGAGACGACGUCCUGCAGUUCCUCGAAGAAGGGCUUAUUGCACCAUCUUACUCGUUGAUCGCCGGCAUGCACAAAGUCAAUGACGCCUUGCGGUCCAUUUCCGAAAAUGUACUACCAGGCAAAGUCGUCAUUGACAUGAGGGACAAGGAAGCUGAGAUGACAAAAGUGGACACGCGAUCAAAUUCACAUUAAUUCUUGAGUCUUUUAUGAACGUUCUUCUUAUAUUCUAAUCCAUUUUAAAGACAACGAGAGCACGCUGGUAGUGCGCACAGUGAUAUUUUAUAUUUACAUCCAUAAGCUAUAUAAGAUAAAUAGAUAAUAUAAGUGGAAUGCAUUAACGUAGCGUUAAGAUCGUUAAUAAAACUGUAUUUUUAAAAUUUUA